AUUUAUAUUCAACCACAUUAAAAAAAACAAAAAACAGAACAAGAAGCAAAUCUGAAGAAACAUAGUAUCAUCCAAAAACAAAAACAAAAACCCUUUGUUGGGUUUGAAACUUUGAAGCUUCCGACAAGAGUUGUUGAUCUACGCCUCAUGGCUUCUCCGCGUGCUGUUGAAAACACAGAGAAUAGUUUGGAGAAGAUCAAGCGUCAGCUAGCUUCUGCUUCUGGUAGAAACCUGUUGCAGGGUCCACUUCUUAAGAGAUCCGAAACUCUGAGGAAAUGGAACGAACGUUGGGUGAUCUUGGAUCCAACAACUGGGAAAAUGGAAUACAAGUUAAGAAGAAAUGAGCCAACUGUUAAGGGAACUAUUCUAUUUGAUGCAAAUAGCACCAUUACUGUAUCUCCUGUGAAUUUCAAUGGGCUACCGAAGUAUGACGGAUGCUGCAUUUAUAUCGGGACACCACAGAAAAAGGAUUACUUCCUAUGCGCAGAGACUCCUGGUGCAGCUCGAGCAUGGGUGUCAACGUUGCAUGCCACUCAGUUGGUUCUAAAAGCUCAUAAAGAAGCUGUGAAUUCCUUAAGUGGGAAUGGUUCUACAAAAUUAGGAACUGUUGCAACUGUUGUUGCUGCAGCCAACUCCACAGCCUCGGAAUGUUCUAAAGAAAUUGAAGCGGCAAUGCAGAUUUCUUUGCGAAAUGCUCUUGGAAUGAUGCCAAAUAGGACUACUGAUGGUCCUAUGGAUGAUUUAACAAUCAUGAAGGAAACACUAAGAGUUAAGGAUGAGGAGCUACAGAAUUUGGCUCGAGACCUUCGCGCACGUGAUUCAACUAUAACAGAAAUAGCGGAUAAAUUAUCUGAGACUGCCGAAGCCGCUGAGGCAGCAGCAUCUGCUGCUUAUACUAUGGAUGAGCAACGGAGAAUUGUUUGUGCAGAAAUUGAGCGUUUGAGAAAAGAUUCUGAGAAGCAGCAGCAGGUGUAUGCACAGAAGCUAAAGGAGUACAAAGAAAAAAUUACAUGCUUAAGCAAAGAAAGAGAGCAAUUAACCGAUCAGAGAGAUGCUGCUAUUAAGGAGGCAAAUAUGUGGCGUACUGAACUUGGAAAAGCUAGAGAGCAUGAUGUGAUCUUAGAAGCAACUGUAGUAAGAGCGGAAGAGAAGGUCAGGGUUGCUGAGGCCAAUGCUGAAGCUAGGAUAAAGGAAUCUGUACAGAGAGAAUCAGUGGCAACAAAAGAGAAGCAGGAACUUCUUGCAUAUGUUAACAUGCUAAAAGCACAACUUCAAAGGCAACACAUUGAUGCAACUCAAGUUGUGGAGAAGACAGAGUCAUGCUCAGAUACAAAGCAUGUUGAUCCCACUGAAGAAAAUGUGGAUAAAGCAUGCCUAAGUGUUUCUAGAGCAAACCCUAUCCCUGCAGAGAAUGUAGUUCACAUGGCAACAGACCAGGUAAACAACAUUCAGCCAGUUGGGGACAAUGAAUGGAGUGAUAUUCAGGCGACGGAGGCAAGGAUAUCCGAUGUAAGGGAAGUAGCAACGCCAGAAACUGAUGGAAGCAGCUUGGAUAUUCCAGUGGUUAGCCAGCCAGGUAUCAAUCAUCACCACGAACAAGGAUCAAACUCUUUCAAUCAGCCCUGAUGAUAAUAACCAAACAUGUACAAGAUAGCAAAAUUUUCAAUAUUAGAGAAUGUAAUUAUAUACCAUUUUGUUGAUUGAGUGUGUAAACUUAAUUGAUUUUUCAUUUCAUCAGUUGCUUAAUUAAACUGUGUUAUAAUUACCCUAGAAGGGAGUACCUUUUUCUGACAAAAAUGUAAUACAACAAGAAACUUUUAACAACAGUAAAAAUCUCAUAUGAGCUUUCUUGA